AUGAGACUAGAUACACUGCUCUCUAGGAUUCUCUUGAAAGAUCAUAGCUUCCAAUUGGUUCAACUACAAAGUCCGCCAUGCGAAUGCGACCACAUAAUCGCUGUGGAUGAACUGAAAAAAGACCCAACUCAAGUAAAAACAGUCAAGUCAGAGCAUUUUAUUACCAUUAGUUACAAUGAAAAGGUGUUCUAUGCGUUAGAAGUUAUGGUGUAUAUAAUUGUUGAUAAUGUGGACGCCAAAGCGGAAAGGUUUAUAUUCAUCUCAAAAGCGGACACAAGCGGUUACUGCGAUGUCAAGGUUAGUACAAGACUAAUCACACGAGCAAUUCUAGAAUAUCUCAUCUCAAUUGAUCCUCUACACUACCUCGCGAAAGUGCAAUUGCUAGAUAAGGAGGAUGUCAGUAACGAGGAAAGUCCUUCUGCUACUUCAAAAGAUAAGCCAGAAAAUCAAACUGACGUAGAGGUCGGUGCUGGAUCGCAUGUUGACCAAAAGAUUAAAGAACCUACCUUUGUUUUUAUUGACUGCCCAUACCAGUUCAUAACCAAAAUAUCUUUAUUUACAAGGGCAGAAGCACAAUAUUUAUUUCCGGAUUCUGCUGACAGCCCAAAUAAACAUUUAUUAUCUGGGCAGAAAUUAUUACGUUGGUGGCUUUCUAUUAUAGAUGACCUACUCAGUACAAACUUCGAAUCUGAUUCGAUUGCAAGGUUACAAAUUCCUGGUGAAGAGAAGAAAACUAUCAACCUAUACUUGAGAAAUAUGCAAUUCAAAAAUUGGCAAGUUGGCGAUAUAUUCCAUGAUAGUGAAGAUGAGUUAGCGAUGUAUCGUAUACCCGUUUUCGAGGAUGAUCCCAAAGGUAGGUUUUUAUCUGAAUUAGAACAAGAGGGGAGAGUUGCCGCUGUAAAAUUCUCAACGUUUUGGUUAGAAAUUCAAGCACGCAGUGAGUUUAGGUUAGGUGCACUAGUUUCAGUUAUUGGGGCACGUGGAAGGUAUAAAGGUGUGUAUACUAGACCGGAAGAUGACGAGGUAGUUAUUCUAUCUACUAUGAAGAAGUAUUUCAGCAGGAAACAUAAGAUUACGAAAGAAGGCUACGAUACAGUAGAAGGGGCAAUAAAAGCACACAGAAACCUGAGAGAUUUAUUAAGAAAAAGAGACAACGCUGAAAUGCUCCAUGUUGACGGCUCGUCUGAUUCUAUCUAUAACGCUAAUACACCGGCUAUAAGCUUAAACCCAGAAACUGAAAAAAAUUCCAAUGCUCAUGCAGUGCAGAAAAGACCCCCUAUUAACAACUUGAAUGCAUUUGUAGUAAGAAAGAAACCAAAAGCAACGAAGAAUGCGUAG